CCUGCCGGGGCCGUUUCCUUCGGCUGUUCCGGACGGACGGGGACGUGGGCGCGGCGGAGGGGCUUCCAGGCCUGGCGCUGGCCUGUGCUCGCCGUGGCUCUGCGGAGCAGCUAGCCGCGGUGCCGCUCCGCUGCCUGGGGGCGUUCCUGCCGAGUGCUGCCGGCCUCCGCGCCCGGCGGCCGGGGAGCUUCGGUGCUCGGCUCCGCGCGGGCCGGCCGCGCCCUCCGUUGUCUCGUUCAGGCUGUCGUGGACAGCAGCAACCUGCCUGCACCGUGCUUAUUCUCGCCGUCCUUUACAUUAAAAGCCAGGCCUAGAGAGGGACCGGGGCGGGCGCAGACGCCGAGGCAGGUGGUGUGUGUGUGUGUCCCGUUUGUCAGCUGUUGACCCUUUCAGGAGAUGAUGGCCCAGCUCCUGCUACUGGACAGCCCAUGACUAUAUGAAGGAAAAGGAAGGUUUUUCUGAAGAUGAGGCGACUGAAUCGGAGAAAAACCUUAAGUUUGGUGAAGGAGUUAGAUGCCUUUCCCAAGGUUCCUGACAGCUAUGUGGAGACGUCAGCCAGUGGGGGAACAGUUUCUCUAAUAGCAUUUACCACUAUGGCUUUAUUAACAAUAAUGGAAUUCUCAGUGUAUCAAGAUACGUGGAUGAAGUAUGAAUAUGAAGUAGACAAGGAUUUUUCUAGCAAGUUGCGAAUCAACAUAGACAUUACUGUUGCCAUGAAGUGUCACUAUGUUGGAGCAGAUGUACUGGAUUUAGCAGAGACCAUGGUUGCUUCUGCAGAUGGUCUGGCUUAUGAACCAGCACUGUUUGACCUUUCACCACAGCAGAGAGAGUGGCAGAGGAUGCUGCAGCUGAUUCAGAGUAGGCUGCAAGAAGAGCAUUCCCUUCAAGACGUGAUAUUCAAAAGUGCUUUUAAAAGUGCGUCAACUGCACUGCCACCAAGGGAAGAUGAUUCAUCACUGACUCCAGAUGCGUGCAGAAUCCAUGGUCAUCUCUAUGUCAAUAAAGUAGCAGGAAAUUUUCACAUAACUGUGGGCAAGGCAAUCCCACAUCCUCGAGGGCAUGCACAUUUGGCAGCACUUGUCAACCAUGAUUCUUACAACUUUUCUCACAGAAUAGAUCAUUUGUCUUUUGGAGAGCUUGUUCCGGGAAUUAUUAAUCCUUUGGAUGGAACUGAAAAGAUUGCUGUAGAUCACAACCAGAUGUUCCAAUAUUUCAUUACGGUUGUGCCUACAAAGCUACACACAUACAAGAUUUCAGCAGAUACCCAUCAGUUCUCUGUGACAGAAAGGGAACGCAUCAUCAACCAUGCUGCAGGCAGCCACGGCGUCUCUGGAAUAUUUAUGAAAUACGAUCUCAGUUCUCUCAUGGUGACAGUCACUGAGGAACACAUGCCUUUCUGGCAGUUUUUUGUAAGACUCUGCGGUAUUAUUGGAGGAAUCUUUUCAACAACAGGUAUGUUACAUGGAAUUGGAAAAUUUAUAGUGGAAAUAAUUUGCUGUCGUUUCAGACUUGGAUCCUACAAACCCGUCCAUUCUGUCCCCUUUGUGGAUGGCCACACAGACAACCACUUACCUCUUUUAGAGAACAAUACACAUUAGCACCUCGUGGGUGGAGAAAAACUUUUUGCCUGAGACAUAAAGCCUUUUCUAAUAAUAAAAUGUUGUGCAAUAUAUUCAAAGAAAAAGAAAAUAUGAGAACCCGGAAACAUACUUAUUUAAAAAAGAAAAAACAGCCAAGGAAAACAACAAACUGCAGUCGUCUUGUAUAUGUUGUGUCUGUUACAAAUGUCCUAGAAGAAAUUAUGCAGCUAACUGGAGAGUCAGCCCAGUCAAAAGUGCCAGGUGAAGACAGCACCUCUGAUGCUCUCCCUGCAAACAGACAGUAUGGAAAGCUGAGCCUAGAGGAUGGAUGAGAACCCUUUUUUAAAGAAAUGGGCAUUGAUAAAUGCAAAUGUGUGCGUCCUUUGUUUUUAAAGAUGUCAGAAUAAAAUGUGUAAAACGUAUGGAAAACUAGUCUAGACUUUAAAAACUGUAAUCAGCUCACGUGGUUAAUAAAGGACUGGCCCUGUGUUACAGCCAUAUUAAUGUUAA